UUCUCCUCAAUUAUGUAUGUGUGUACAGCACGUAAAAUAAUUUCUACCCUGGCUAGUUAGCCAAAGCCAAAGUUAGCUUUACCUAUUUGCAAUGUAGUUUGGUUUGUGACAUUGGUGCUGUAAUAUCUGUUAAACCUUGCGUAAUAUUGAAAUCAAAUCCGAAUAUAUUCUGCAUUUAAUAGUCAUAUAAUACUCUAAUUCUGUGAGCAAUCUUGCUAAAGCAUAUAUUCAUUUUCAUUCAGUAUCUUUUUUUCGAGACGGUAGUGUGAUGACUGGAUUUGAAAUUUUGGCAGUCCUUCUAUUGGGAUUUUUAUCCUUGCAUUUCAUUUUGACGAAGAAAAAGACGCAAAAUCUUCCGCCAGGACCAUCAUGGAGUUGGCCACUGCUUGGACAUCUUCCAAUGUUGGGCUCCAAACCGUUUGAAACUUUUCAACAAUGGAAUAAAGAUAAAUAUGGUCCAGUAAUAUCUGUAAAAAUGGGGAGCUAUCCUACUGUUGUACUCAAUGACGCCAAGAUAAUAAAAGACGCUUUAAACCAAAAUUCUCUAACUGGUCGCCCGAAAAUCAAAUUUUUCAUGGACAGAAGCGGUGGGACAGCCAAAGGUAUCCUUUUCACUGACGGCCACAAAUGGUUGGAACAACGACGCUUUGCUCUUCGUCAAUUGAGAGAUUUUGGAUUUGGUCGAAAGUCCAUGGAAUCCAUCAUAGCCGAAGAAGCUGUUGAACUGGCGGAAAGAUUGCAAUCUCAUUGUGGAAAACCAAUGUCAAUUCAGAUGGCAUUUAAUGCAGCGAUUCUGAAUGCAUUAUGGAGUUUGCUAACUGGAGAAAGAUUUAAGCAAGACGACCCAGACUUGGCAGCGACUUUGAACAUUUUGACAACAUCAGUCCAAGAAAACAACACGAUUCAAGGCGUUGCAACAUUCCUCCCGUUUAUUGCCAAAUGGUUUCCAAACCUGUCAGGAUAUACACGCAUGAUGAGGGAUGUUCCGCUUGUUACUGAUUUUGUUUGGAAAACAAUCCCAUAUCACGAAGAAACAUUCCAAGAGGGUGUCAAACGAGACUUUCUCGACGUGUAUAUCGACGAAGUGCGCAAAACGAAAGAUCCAAAUUCACCAUUUCAUAAAUCCAAUUCUGAAAUGAACUGGGUCUUGAUUGACCUGUUUAUAGCAGGCACAGAGACCACUUCCACAACGUUGAGCUGGACAUUCCUUUACAUGGCGAAAUACCAGGCGGUCCAAAAGAAGCUGCACGAGGAAAUUGACAGAGUCGUCGGACCUUCCAGACAGCCAUGUUUAAAUGAUCGAAAUGAAAUGCAUUAUACGCAAGCUGUCAUGCACGAGGUUAUGCGAGACUCCACCCUCGUUCCGUUUGCACUAUUUCAUAAUACGACCGAAGAUACUGAAAUUGGUGGCUAUUUCGUCCCGAAAGAUACUUUGAUAAUUCCCAAUAUUCAUGCCGUUCAUCAUGAUGCAGACGUUUGGGGAGAUCUUGACUUCAGACCAGAGAGAUUUUUGAAUGAGAAAGGAGAAUUUCAGAGACAUGAGAAUUUUAUGGCCUUCUCUACGGGCAAAAGAGUCUGUCUAGGCGAGGGUCUAGCCAGGGAUGAAUAUUUCUUGUUUUUGACAACUCUUUUUCAAAAGUUUCAUGUUUCGGUUGAUGGUGAGAUUAAUAUGGAAGGAUUUGUUGGACUUGUUCUUUCCCCAAAACCUCACAAAUUUAUUUUGAAGGAGAGGAUGUGAACACUGAUUUAAUUAGAUUUAAACAACUUUAUGUUCUAAUUAUCCCAAAAUAUUCGCAUUAUUCUGAACUAAAUAAAUAAUCAACUUCAAAUUCAUCAUCAUACAA